AUGAAAACAUUUUCCAUUUCAACUAUAGUCUUAUUCUUUAAUAUUUUUGCAAAGAUUUUAGCUGAACUUUCCCCUUUGAAUCCAAUAGAAAUUAGAGGAAAACAUUUUGUUGAUUCUCAAAGUAAAACCCGGUUCUUAAUCAAAGGAUUGGCAUAUCAACCUGGUGGUGCAUCUGAUGUUAACCAGGAAUUUGAUCCAUUAUCUGAUCCUGCAGUUUGUUCCAGAGACAUACCUUUAUUUCAAAAAUUGGGAAUUAAUACACUUAGGGUCUAUUCAGUGAAUCCAGAUUUGGACCAUAAUUAUUGUAUGAGUCUGCUGGCUAUGGCAGGAAUCUAUCUGAUUCUUGAUGUCAAUUCACCAUUACCGAACCAACACCUUAACCGCUAUGAACCAUGGAAAAGUUAUAACUUGGAUUAUUUAGAACAUGUUUUCAAAGUAGUUAAACAAUUUUCCAAUUAUUCGAAUACUUUAUCAUUUUUUAUUGGUAACGAAGUAAUCAACGACUUUAAAUCAUCACAAGUGUCUCCUAAAUUCUUAAGACAAACCAUUGGAGAUGUCAAGCAGUUUAUGGCAUUACAUUGUGCCAGACAAGUACCUAUUGGUUAUUCGGCAGCAGAUGAUUUGAAAUAUAGAAUAUCAUUAUCUGAUUAUUUAUCUUGUUUUAAUUCAAGUAAACCUGAACAAACAGUUGAUUUUUAUGGUGUUAAUUCCUAUCAAUGGUGUGGAUUACAAACCCUACAGAGUUCAGGGUAUGAUUUAUUGAUUAACGCAUACAAAGAUUAUCAAAUACCGGUGAUAUUAUCUGAAUUUGGUUGUAAUAAAGUGUUACCAAGAAAAUUCAACGAGAUUGAAGGUAUUUUCAGUAAAGAAAUGCUAGAUGUGUUCUCCGGUGGUUUGGCAUAUGAAUAUUCGCAAGAGACAAAUAAUUAUGGGCUUGUGGAAAUAUUAGAAGAAAAUAAUGGUAUAAGAUUAUUAUCUGAUUUCCAUGAGUUAAAGAAAAGUUAUAACUCAACAAUUAUACCUGAGUUCACCACAGAUAAGUUGAACAAUGAUCCAAAAUUAGAUAAAACUUGUCAAAGACAUUAUCCAAAUUUAAAUAUUAAUAUAGAUGUUAAUGAGACAUUAUCUGAAAAAUUAAUUGAAAAUGGCGUUAAUGUUGCAGUAGGAAAGUAUGUGCAAAUAAAUCCAAAAGAUACGUUAAAGGAGGAAAAAUCCUCAAUUAUAUAUGACAUGGAUGGUACUGCAUGGAAGGAACAACCCUCUGACUUAAAAAUUGUUAAAGAUAUAUUUUCCACACAAACUAAAGAGUCUAAUGAUAAAAGUAAUGACAAGAGUAGCACUUCUAAAAAGACAAAAAAUUCAUCAUCCCGCGUGAUAGAUUUGAAUUUUAUAGUCUUAAAAACUGUUCUUUCAUUACUGUUAUUAUUAAUGUUUAUUUUUUCUUUGUAA